ACAAAGCAUUCCCCACUUCUCCCUUGCCCUGUCUGUGUGUUGUUGAACUGGGUGAGGUUCUACUUACGAACGAAGGAGAGAAGUAAAUAAUUUAAAUGUCUCAUAUCUUUCUUGCGAGCCAACUAGCUUCCUAGGACGGAAGUUAAGCUAGCGAGACAACACGAGACCCCCUAACUACUCAAGCGGAGGCUCGUACGGAAACGGGCAGUAUGAGUUUGUACUUUGACAUUAGCUAGCUAACGUUAGUCAUUCAUUCAUUCAGACGCGAGGUGUGGGAUGGUUUUCUUUUGUGUUAGCUAUAGCCUGAUAGCUACUCCGUUUGCUAUGGCUAGUUAGCUUCUGCAUUUGACAGCAGUGACCGCUCGAGCUACAUCAUGCGAUUCCGCAAGGAUACGAUCGUCACCUGUUUUCUAGCUAUCAAGACAAAUAAGAUGCUCGCUUGUCCAAGGGAAGUAGCCACAUGUGAUAUAAAACCGUAGUUUGUAUUAGGGAAUAAGGUGGACACUGAUCUUGAGAAUUGGCUACUGUAGCCGUCAUUGGCUAUCUAUCCUCGGCGAAACCGGUUUGGUAAAGUGGCUAAAGUGAUUGCUAGCAUAGCUACAUUUGGAUGCAUAAGGAAAAUGGCAUCAACAAAGGCAAAGGUUGGGAUAAUUAAUGAAAGCAACUCCAUUCGUGAGAGUGCCAAGACCUGCGCGAGCAGUCCCAUGUUGUUGGCCGGAGCAGCAUCGUUAACAUUGAACAACAGGACAUACUCACUCGAUGACCUGGACACCAUUUCCACAGUUGGCACAGGGACCUUUGGCAGGGUGUUCCUGGUGAAAGACAAGAAGAGCAGGGCGUUCUACGCUCUGAAGGCUAUGAAGAUCCCCGACGUGAUCCGGCUGAAGCAGGAGCAGCACGUCCACAACGAGAAGGAAGUCCUGACCGAAGUCAACCACCCCUUCCUCAUCAGACUGUUCUGGACCCACCAUGACGAUUGUUUACUAUACAUGCUGAUGGACUACGUCCCAGGCGGCGAGCUGUUCAGUUACCUCCGUAGCCGCGGGCGCUUCAGCAACACCACAGGCCUCUUCUACUCCACGGAGAUCGUGUGUGCCAUCGAGUACCUCCACUCCAAAGAGAUCGUCUACCGAGACCUGAAGCCGGAGAAUAUACUGCUGGACAGCGAGGGACACAUCCGCCUCACGGACUUCGGCUUCGCUAAGAAGCUCUCGGACAGGACGUGGACUCUGUGUGGAACCCCGGAGUACCUGGCCCCAGAGGUCAUCCAGAGCAAAGGUCAUGGCCGGGCGGUGGACUGGUGGGCCCUGGGGAUCCUCAUCUUUGAGAUGCUGGCUGGGUACCCACCGUUUUUUGAUGACAAUCCUUUUGGUAUUUAUCAGAAGAUCCUCGCCGGGAAGCUGGAAUUCCCGCGGCAUCUGGAUUUCUAUGUAAAAGAUCUCAUCAAGAAGUUCCUCGUCAUUGACCGAGCCAGGAGGUUAGGCAAUAUGAAGAACGGAGCAGACGAUGUGAAAAAGCACAGAUGGUUCAAGUCUAUAGACUGGGAUGGUGUACCUCUGAGAAAACUGAAGCCACCCAUAGUUCCCAAGGUGUCCCACGAAGGUGACACGUCUAACUUUGAUGCCUACCCUGAGGACGAGUGGAAGAAAGAUGCACCUGUGCCUGCAAAGGAUUUAGAAAUCUUCAAGAACUUCUAAAAAAAAAAAAAAGGCGGAAGUAACGGCAGAAAUACUUCGAAAAACAUAUAGGUCUUGUAGAGAAAGACUUAAAAACUUUUAGAUCUUGGAAAAAAGGGAGUCCAACUUCUAGAUGUUGAAAAAAUAUAGAAAGACUUCUGGAUCUUGCUGAAUAACAGAAAGGCUGGUAAAUCAUCUGAGAUGUCACCAUUGUGUGGUCAGCAAGAGAACUUCUAAGCUUCCAAGUCCCAGAACUUUAUCUUGCUUGAAGACAUUGAAGUGUUCCACAUUGGGUGAAAGAGCAGGACAGCAUUGACCUAAAAAUAACUAAAAGCAUCAUCAUAUCACCACAAUAUUUAUCUAUCAUUAAUUUAUUUUUGUUUGAAAAAGUUUUUUUUCCACUUAACUAAAACCUCAAUCCUCUGUCCUCAGUUUCUCUGAGCCUUCUCCUGUUAUGCAAAAAAUAAAAUGAUGGUCCUCUUUGAACCAAAGGACAUUGUUACUGAAAUGAAUAUGUUUAAAAUGCAAUAAUCAGGAAUUUUAUAUUUUGUUGGGCCAAAAAGGUUCCAGUUAUCUUUGUUGGACCUUGUGGGACUCAACCAACCGAGCAAAGCUUAUGAUCCAAAAAAUGAUCACGCAUACAGUAGACUCAGUAUUGAGCUGUACAGUAAAUGGAAUUUAGAUAUGUGGUCACUAUAUCCUUAGUAGAUUGUACAGGAUAUUUGUCAAUGAGAAAGUAGCAAACUUGUACAGGAACGUACUACAAUAUCAUGCCAAGCAAGCUUUGAAAUAUCAUUUUGUUGACUGGCCGCGAGUCAAAUAGGCUGUUAAACUUGUCAUUUUGAGCUGUAAGUACUUGGCUAACUAUCGGCCAGACUUCCGUGCAUGUGUGCAUCAAGGCCAGACCAGAAAACGCUUGUAAAAGGUGCCUUUAGAUGUGACAUACUGUAUGUCUUCUUCUUUUCUCCUGACAAGCUAGUGGUACUUCUUCAACUUUAUUCAUAUCACACACACUGUUUAUACUUGAGCUGUGCUGUUGAAAACAUUGACUGUUAAUAAUAAUAUACGUGGAAUAAUUGUUGUGUGGAAGAAGUGUAGCUAGUUGCUGUAUGUGGAUUCGGGUUUCUCCCGUCUUUUUCUUCCGUCCACUUUGUCCUAUUUUGCUGUUCACGCAAUAACAAAAAAUGUCCCUGUAUAUUGACUGGUAUGUCUAUCUUUCUCUAGGUCUCUUUCACAUACUAUAAAGAACUGUAGAAUACAGAUCUCCAGCUGGUUUCAUGUAUAGCCAAGCAGGAAGUAGUCUCAGCAAGAUGCUUGGCCAUCUGCUUCAGGCAGCCAAUAAACUCUUGUCUUCUCUCCACCAAUCAUAUCACUGGCCAGUAGAAAGCACAUCAUGACUCCACAUCAUAGUACAAUCACAAACUGUCUCUCACACUUACUUAGUAACACUUAAGUCAUUUGUGUCAAUUUUAGUCAACUUAAAUUAUUUGAAUUGUUCAAUUCGAUUGCUUGUAUGUAAUGUUUUAUGUAGUUUUCUUAAUUACCAAUUAUGAAACAAUACUCAGUGUGAGUUUACACCAAACGGACCGAAUAAUUAGGACUUUUAGUCAAUGCAUGUAUUGUUUUUUUUGCAUCUUUUUUGUGUAUCUAGGGAAAUUGUGUGUAUCUAGGGAUAUAACUGUAUCUAGGGAAAUUGUGUGUAUCUAGGGAUCUAAGUGUGUAUCUAGGGAAUUUGCUUUACAAUCCUCAGCCUUUUGCCUUUUUUUAAGAUGUUUUUUUUUUAUAUGUAUUAGCAAAAAGAAAACGAAUAUGAAAGAAGAAAUACUGUACUUUUAGGUCAAUCCAAGCAUAUGAUAUUUUAUACCCAAUACCAUUUUACCAAUGCCUUUUGUCAAAGUGUAUACAUUUUUUUGAAUUAUUAUUUAACAGCCUACCUUACAAACUUUGUAUGGCCUUUUCAUAUUGUUAAUGUUGCAGGACUGUAUUUAACUUCUUGAGAUACUGUUUAAAAGAUCCACACAACCAGGAUUAAAAACACCUCCUAUCCACUGA